AUGCAAAAAAACGAAUAUCAUCAUUACAUUCCAAGAUUUAUUCUACGUAACUUUGCUAUUGAUCGUUAUGAAAGAAUAUUCACAAGUAAUAGGAAGCAAUUCGAUCAGAAGCGAAAGUUUUGGAAGGAGAAAAAGAAGGGGGAAUCACUUCAAAUUUAUGAUAGAGCUAAGGAUCAAUUAGAUUUUUCAUUAGUUGCGAAAACUUAUGGAGAUAUAAACAUGUAUAAAGAUCUUAAUCAUGAUGACACAAUGCGUGUGGAAAAAAAAUUGGCAAAUCUUGAAGAGAAAGCUUCAAAUGUAGUCAGAGAAAUUAUUAUCGAAGCAUCUCAAGCAAAAAGUCAAAUUGUUUUGCUUAGAAAAAAUCUUUAUGAUUUACGUAAGUUUCUCUUCAUUAUGAACUACCGUAAACCUUAUAGAAGAAAUCAGUUCGCAAAUAAGAAUUUUGAUACUGCUACUUGGUCAUUGGUAGAAACUUUUAUGCAGGAGCACAAUUUAAAAAAUUCGCAGGAAGUAUGGUUACAGAAUGUUCGAGAAAUAUUAGACACACCACAUGAAGAUGUUGAAGACAACCCGCGAGUCUUUUCUGUAGAUAAAAUGGAUUAUAAGUUGCGUACAAUUGAUAGUUUUCUCGCAAUUUGGCAAGCUGGUGAACAUGAUGAAUUCAUUAUGACCAGCAACGCAUUUGGAAUCUUUGAAGGUAUAAAUAUGUUGUUUUCGCCAAUGGGUCCAUUUCAAAAAGCCUUUCAUUGGUUUUAUGUUAUCUCCCCAAAGUUAUUAUUAGUUCUUUGUGAUAACGGAUUUCGAAAAGAGAUUGGACUUAAACCUUUAGAUAUGUUUUUUUGGUCUAAACAUCGUUCGCAUUUUGAAAAUGUUCCUCACCCUCCACCAAUUCCGGAAUAUGUAAAUAUCUCUCAACGUAAAUUAAACCUAGACGCUAAACUUGGCGGUAGAUUAGAUUUUUUAGAAAAAGAUUAUUUUGACAAACAUACAGGUAUCAAAAGACAACCUAAUGACAAAUUUACCUUUACAUUCGUUAAAGUCAAUUCGGCCGCUGUUCAUCUCGUAAAUUCUAUUGUGCUUAAUGAAGCUGAUUCAGACCUACAAGUAUCAUUCCUUUCCCUUUCAUAUCUUUAUAAAACGAUCCUUAAAUACAAUAAAAAUGUCACGAAAAUUGAUAAACAUACACCGAAGGACUUUUCAAACAUGAAGAAGACUUUACUUAGGGCAUUAAAUAGAACUCAUGAAGAGGAUUUGAAUCUCCGAAAAAAUAUUUCUUCUGGCAACAGAUAUUGGAAUCUAUGCACAUUGAUUAAUUAA